CCGCGCCUGCGCGCAUUCUGGAGGUUGCUAAUUCAAGAAACAUAAUAGACUAGCAGCUACAAGUUACCGAGCAAACUUCAUCACGUUUUAGUCAGGCAAUGAAUCCUGUGUUUUGUUAGCUUGCAAAUUGUAUUACUGUAACGUCUCGUAUGAGCAGUAGUUCAGUUGAUUUUCUAUGUUUGGCUAAGCCGCUGGCUGAAAUUACGGAUAGCGAGGCAUCGUUGUAGCUCAGAUAGUUAGCCUAGCUAGCUAGCUGUUUAGCUUAUUUUUCUAUAUCACUUCGAGCCCCAAUCACAUAGUAAACAUGCAAGACCUUCUAGCCACUGUAGAUCAUAUUAAGUUUGAUCUAGAGAUCGCUGUGGAGCAACAGCUUGGUGCCCAACCGUUACCGUUCCCUGGAAUGGACAAGUCAGGAGCUGCUGUCUGUGAGUUCUUCAUGAGAGCAGCCUGCGUGAAAGGUGGGAUGUGCCCCUUUCGUCACAUCAGCGGGGAGAAGACGGUGGUUUGUAAGCACUGGCUCCGAGGCCUGUGCAAGAAAGGAGACCAGUGCGAGUUCCUGCACGAGUACGACAUGACCAAGAUGCCAGAGUGCUACUUCUACUCCAAGUUCGGUGAAUGCAGUAACAAGGAGUGUCCGUUCCUGCACAUUGAUCCAGAGUCCAAGAUCAAGGACUGCCCCUGGUACGACCGAGGGUUCUGCAAACACGGUCCUGACUGCAGGCACAGACACACCAGGAGGGUCAUCUGUGGGAACUACCUGGUGGGCUUCUGUCCCGAGGGCAAGUCCUGUAAAUUCAUGCACCCUCGCUUUGAGCUGCCAGUUGGAGCGUCCGAGCAGCCUCCUCUCCCCCUGCAGAACCAGAACCAGCAGAAGCCUGUGCCGUCGCUCGGCCGCUCAUCCCUCUCUCUGAUCCAGCUGACCAAUCCUGGCACGGGGGGGGGCUACCAGCCGCGGCCUUACAGCAUGGGGGGCAACAUGCACCACAACAACAUGGGGGGGAACAGGGGGCCACGCCCCCUCGACCAGGUCACUUGCUACAAGUGUGGAGAGAAAGGUCACUACGCCAACAAAUGCACCAAGGGCCACCUGGCCUUCCUGAGUGGUCAGUAACUCCAGCAGCAGUGCGACUGUCCCACUGCAGGAGGGGAGAGGGGGCUGCUGGUGCUCCUCUGCAGGAGGGGAGAGGGGGCUGCUGGUGUUCCUCUGCAGGG